UGUGCCUUGGCAGCAGUCGGACGGGCGCUUCCCCGCAGGUUGGUGCGCUCCUCUCCGGAGCCGUCCAGGGAGCCGCGGCUCGCUCCGCACCCCGGGCAGCGCCGGCGGCGGGGAGGCGGGGGGGUGCGCUACAGCCGGGGAGGCAGGAGCCGCCGCAGGACCCCCCAGGAGCGGUGGCUGCCGACGCCUCUCCCGCCGGCUCCUCGCAGGAAGGCACCGCCCGGGCCGCCCCAGGCGGGCGGCGCGGCCCCUGGCCCGGCCCGGCUCCCCACCAUGCUGGACGGGCUGAAGAUGGAGGAGAGUUUGCAGAGCGCCCUGGACCCCGCGACCCCCUUCUCCUCCUUGCUGGGCAGAGCCGCGACCCCCAAGUCGGUGUGCGAAGGGUGCCAGCGAGUGAUUUUGGACCGGUUCUUGCUGCGCCUGAACGACAGCCUGUGGCAUGAGCAGUGCGUCCAGUGCGCGUCCUGCAAGGAGCCCCUGCAGACCACCUGCUUCUACCGCGACAAGAAGCUCUACUGCAAGCUGGACUAUGAGAAGCUGUUCGCGGUGAAGUGUGCGGGCUGCCUGGAGGCCAUCGCGCCCAGCGAGCUGGUGAUGCGCGCCCAGAAGAGCGUCUACCACCUGCACUGCUUCUGCUGCUGCGUCUGCGAGCGGCGCCUGCAGAAGGGCGACGAGUUCGUGCUGAAGGAGGGGCAGCUCCUCUGUAAGGGCGACUACGAGAAGGAGCGGGAGCUGCUGAGCUUGGUGAGCCCGGCUCUGUCGGAUUCUGGCAAAAGUGAUGAUGAGGACAGCAUCUGCAAGCUGGGCCAGGCCUCGGGGAAGGGUGCUGAGGACGGGAAGGAUCACAAACGACCCAAGAGGCCGCGGACCAUCCUGACCACGCAGCAGCGCAGGGCGUUCAAGGCGUCGUUUGAGGUCUCCUCCAAGCCCUGCAGGAAGGUGCGGGAGACGCUGGCGGCAGAGACGGGGCUGAGUGUCCGUGUGGUGCAGGUCUGGUUCCAGAACCAGCGAGCAAAGAUGAAGAAGCUCGCCAGGAGGCAGCAGCAGCAGCAGCAGGACCAGCAGAACACACAGCGCCUGAGCUCAGGUACCUCCCUCACAAUUUGGGUUUCCCCAUCUCCCAGCCCUCUCCAGGCUUCCCAGCGGAGCUCAGCCACCCAAAAAGCAGCAGCCAAUGACUUGAUCUCAUCUUGCUCUUGUCUUGCAGCCCAGACGAACGGCGGUGGCGGCGGCACGGGGCUGGAGGGGAUGCUGAACCCCUACACCGCGCUGCCCCCGCCGCAGCAGCUGCUGGGCAUGGAGCAGAGUGUCUACGGCUCUGACCCUUUCCGGCAAGGGCUCACCCCGCCCCAGAUGCCCGGAGACCACAUGCACCCCUAUGGUGCCGAGCCCCUCUUCCACGACCUGGACAGCGACGAUACCUCACUGAGCAACCUGGGGGACUGCUUCCUCGGCUCAGCAGAUGCAGGGCCACUCCAGGCACGAGUGGGAAACCCCAUUGACCACCUGUACUCCAUGCAGAACUCCUACUUCACCUCCUGAGCCCAGCGUGGUCCCCCCAGGAGGGGCCGCAGAGCUCCCGGGGUCGGGAGGGAGGGGAGCACCUCUGCUGGGAUGCCGUCAAAUAAUGUUGUAGCUUGGGAUUCCCAAGGAGCGAGUUAAGUUAUGGGUUGCAUAGUUUCAUGUUUCUCUUAGGAGCCUAGGAUUAGGGAAAGGAGUGAUUUUUGCAGCUGGCUGGUGGAUUUUCAAAUUUCAGAUGGGGACAUGAAUUUCUCGUUUUGUCAGGGGGAGGGGGAUUCUCCUGUAGGAGCAUCCCAGCGCUGUAUCCCACCUUUAGAAAGAGAAAACUGCUGAUCUUCAUGGGGAAAGCCUGCAGCAUCAGCUGGGCUUUGAAAUCUGAAAUGCUGACAUCGCUCUGGGGAAACACGAUGGGAAAAUAUCGCUGCAGGGUUUGGAUUUUUCCCCUCUGUUCCCUCAACCAGUUUGAGUGCCCGCUGCUUAAAUGUAGGGACUUUUAAGCUAGAUGUUCCCAUGCGAAUAUAGAAAGCUAGAAACCCCUAGCAUUGUCCCUGUCCCCGAGGACGGGGCUGUGUGUGUGGAUGUGUGUGUGUGUGGGCACGCGCGUGUGUGCGUGCAGAGCCGUGUGGCUGGGAGUGUUGCACUGCACGGCCACACCUGCCAGAUUGUAUCAACAAAAAGUUUAUUUCUAAGUCUAUCAGAAAUUUACUGUACAGCAAAAGUAACUUUAUUUUCAGUGUGAACCAUAUUUAAGGAAAUACUCAAUGCACUUAAGUUAUAAGAGGAAAUAAUUUUACUUUUUAUAAACGUUAUGUUUAGGUUGCAAAAGCCCAGUGGCAGGGAAGGAACAUCAGUUCAUUUCAGGCAACAAGUUUGGGUUUUGGGGUUGGUUAUUUUCGAUGUUCUCAGGUUGCCCCACUGGUUUCGAGGUGCAGUUGAAACACAGAGCAGAGCUGGGUCCAGAAACCUGCUUAUUGCCAGCAGAUUGAUGGGGGCAGCGUGGUGGCCAGGUCCUGUCCCCACUGCUGGACGUGUCCAGGAGGUCAGUGUGGUGUGGAUGUGCUGGAGCUGCUGGACAUCCCAGCCCAUCGGGGCUCAGCCGUGCUUCUCCACAUCACCUUUUCCUUCCCCAGCAGGUCCCAGCCUGCCUCCACCAGCGACCCCAUCCCACAUCCUCCAAUCUGGGUGCUAGGCCAGUGUGAGCUGGUGUCCUGGCACUGGGAAACGCUGCAGCCCAAGUCCCCACCCCUCAGGGGAAGCAGAAAGGAGGGACAGCCCUGCCUUUCCCACCCCGUGCUCGGCUUCACCCCUGCCAGACCUGUGGGAAUCUGGGGGAAGUUCUCCUUGGGGUGGAGCCUUCAGGUGGCCCUCACCUCAUCCCCACUCUCGUUUUCAUGCGUUGUGUCCUUUUGUGCUGCUGUUCACAAACGAUGUAAGCAACGACCCGUAGAGACGUGCAAGUGACUGUGAGGCUCAAAACACUGGCUGGUCGCCGCCGUCCGGCCUGACACUGAAUGUAGCAGGGUCUGGAGAUGGCUGACCCGGCGGGAGAUUGCUGACAGCACUGUCAGAAAUCAUGCACCGAGAUGAAAUUAAAAAAGACAAAAAAAAAAAAUCUCUGUUAAAGGAAAAAAAGAAGAAAAAAAAAAAAAAAAAAAGGCCUGGUGUUUUCUUGCGUGGUUGUGUCCUCUUGAUUGGGAGAGGGAAGGGUUUGAGGUGUCUCCAAAGGAAGCAAGGUCUUGUGUAGGGUGUAGUGAGAAGGUUUUGCUUGAUGGGUUUUCGAUAUCAAAUAUUCACAGAAUCACAGACCCCAUCAUGGUGUGAGUUGGAAGGGACUUAAAAGACCAUCCAGUUCCAGCCCCCUGCCAUGGGCAGGGACACCUUCUACCAUCCCAUGUUGCUCCAAGCCGCAUCCAGCCUGGCCUUGAACACUUCCAGGGUUGGGGCAUCUGCAGCAUCUCUGGGCAACCUGUGCCAGGACCUCAUCAUAUUCUGUGGUCUGGGGCUAAACUGGCCCUUGGAGUGUCCUCUGUGGCCAACAGACAGAGGUUGGUGGGUCUGGAAGGUGAGACAGCUGUCCCUGACUCCCACCCAAGGUGGCAGAAAGGGGUUUGCUGGGGGUCUUCACCAAGCUCUCACCUGCACUAGCACUUUGUGAACCCCAGCCCUCCACGUUAGGACCAUGAGCAACUCCGUGUUAGGACUGCCUUAAAGGUAUGGGUGGGUGUUUCCCAAAAGAAAUUGCUCUUGCCACAGCUCCCAGACACAGAGAGGCUCCACAAAUAUGCCAGCAAAUGGGGAUCCACAGCUCAUUUUCUGAGUUGUUCAAAACAAGGUGCGCUCUUUCCUGCCCACCCUCAGUCCCUGCUCUGCAGCUCCUGUGCUAGGCAAUGUUUUCUAAUUCCAACCUGCAAAACCAAAAAAAAAUUCUGAAAUGGCAUGACUGUAAGAAGAGAACUUGUCAUUUUUAUUUCCCAAGUUGUGAAAUAAAGAGCAGCCCAAGAAAUGCCUGGAUGCCUGGGUUGGUUUGGGGUUUUGCUCUGUCUCAAGACAGCAGCAGGGUAAAAGGUUCUUACUUGUCUUCUGGUGGACAAGUUGGGGACAUUACGGCUUGAGGUUACUCUAACACCAGGCUUGGUGGUCUUGGAGAAAUACUUGGCUGGUGCUAUGCUGAAAAGAGGGCAGAUUUGGAUUGUAGAGGGUGUGGAGGAGCUGCUGUGGCCCAUGAAACCAGCAUGAUUUGUAGGAUCAGCUCUAGGCAAUGGCUGGGUUAACACCACCCAGGCUUGCAACGUAAAAAUAAGUUUCCCUUAAUGGUUCUUAAAACUGCCUCAAAAAUUCCUCUCACUUGGAUGCUUCUUAAAACGUCAUGUUUAAAUUUGUGGGAUUUUGUUAUUAAUGUUUUAUAGAUAAAAUGUUUGUCUUCCCACCUACAGCUAUUUCCUGUUUGAAAAAUGCUCAGGUGCAUCAGUCUGGUUUUUCAUCAGCCCAGGUGCCAAUUUACACCUGUUAAAUUGCUUCCCCCAAAUAAAAACCCCCAUGUCAUACAGACUGGUUGCCUACUUUUAAAAUCUUGCAAAAAUGUAAUCACAACCUAUAAUAACAGUCUCUUGAUGCAAACGUGGGUAUGAGUAUAAAAUUGUCACAUAGAGCAUGUAAUUUUGGGAAAGGAUUAGAAUUAUGGA